CCCGUUAUGCGCCAGUCGACUGACCGCGCGAGCCUGGAGCGGCGUGCAGGGAUGAGACGGCGGAGAAAAGAGGACGAGAGUCGCCAAGAGAUGUUCGUAAAACUCCCCUGCGGGAUUUGGAAAUCGUUUCGGUGGAUUUUCAUGCUCUGUCUGGCAGGUGUCUUCCCUUCAUCUUGCUCAGGCGUUAACGUGUUCGUGAGAGACGAGAGAAGGUACACCAUCCUCUUCCAGUCGGUGGUUCUGCCUUGCCAGUACACCAGCGUCUCCACCCAGACCGCCGUGGUGCAGUGGGUCUACAAGUCCUAUUGUCGAGACCGAACCAGGGACUCCUUCAGCUACUCCGACAGCCUGAGCGGAGGCCUGGGAGGGGGCGGGCACGCGGGUGGGAACGGCGGGGUCAGCGGGGGCUACGAGGCUGCGGGCAUGGCGGCCAACUACCUGGACUGCUCGGACAACAGCCGCACCGUCCGGACGGUGGCCUCCAUCUCCGGAUCCUCGGUCACAGUAUCAGAGUUCUACAAGACCAGAGACAUCUCGAUCAUUAACAAGGCCGACCUGCGCAUUGGUGAGGUCCAGUGGGGGGACAGUGGAGUAUACAUCUGCAAAGUGGUUAUAUCUGAUGACCUGGAGGGACAGAACGAAGCAUCAGUGGAGCUCCUGGUUCUGGGUUUCUCUGGAGUGCCUGAAGAUCUCCUGCCAGACUUUGAUUUGAAGAUUAUGCCAGAGUGGGUGUUUGUGGUGGCCGUGGUGCUCGGCAGCGUCCUGUUCCUGCUGCUGGUGGGGAUCUGCUGGUGUCAGUGUUGCCCUCACUCCUGCUGCUGCUACGUCAGCUGCUGGUGCUGCCCGGACACGUGCUGCUGCCCCAGACACUUAUACGAGGCAGGUAAAGGCAUAAAGACAGGCACCUCCACGCCUCAGACACCUGUGUACCCUCCGUAUUUUGUCUCCGGUGUGCCAACCAUGGUCCCCAUCGCCCCGCCCUCUCUGGUGGACAAAGUCUCUUCUGUUCCACCCUCAGAUGGCACCCUGGUCACAGCAGUGCCCAUGCACGCCGUAGGGCUUCCCUACCGCGUGCCUUCACCACAAGAUCAGGACUCUCUCAGGGUGCUACAGUAUGUAGAGAAGCAGCUGGCUCACUUCAACCCUGCCAGGUCCAGCAGCCACCAGUCUUCCAGCCUUUCUGAGCUGAGCUCCCUCCACGAGGGGGAAACCAGCUUCCGUCAAACCUACCGAAACGUCCAGAAGAAAGCUCUGCCGGCCAUCCCCGACCGGGACCCUCAGCCCGAGCCCGAGCCGAGGGGUUACCGGGACGAUCGCAGCCCGGAGCCCCAGCGCCACCGCCACCACCCGCCUUCCCCCCACCGCUACCGGCAGGAGCCCGACCCCGAAGGCCCCGACUGCCCGGAGGAGCCCCUGCUCCCGCGCCGACACAGCGACGACCCUCCUCCUUCCUCUCAGUCCCACAGAGUCAGCCGGGGUCAGAGGCAGCAGAACCUCAGCGAGGAGGACCAACACAGCAGGUGGAACCCUCGUUCGGAACACCUGCACAGAAAGGCCUACCGUAGCGCCGGGCGGACGGGCUCGCUGGAUGAGCUGGAGGAGUUUGCUGCCUCUUACAAGCAGCGGCUGGACAGAGGAGCGGAGAGGAGGGAGGACCGAGGGGGAGACUACGAGAUGGAGCUCCGGGAGUUCGGUCGAUAUCCCUCCUACCGCCACUGUCCCCCGCAGUAUUACCACAACGAUGAGGACGAGUUCAGUGACCGCGAGGAUCUACCCCGACAGAACAAGACCGGCAGACAGAACAUAAGCCCACUGCCUUCUCCCAAAAAGAGAAGGGGCACAUGGGAAAGGGAGAACUCCGUCCCACCUCCUCCCACAAGGGGUCCGUCGUCAACCUCAUCCCAAGAGAAGGACUACGACGCCACGUUCCUGAACAGCCUCCUGGAGCGUAAGGCUAAGUUGCGAGGGGUGGGCCCGGGCAGAAGCGAAGACUCGGACCCCCCCUCGAGGGGCAGCUCCAAAAAGAGCAGCGGGGAAUCCGGCCGGCACCGCAGCCGCUCUCCCGGCGGCAGGCCCGAGGCCGACCCCCCGACCCCCGCGUCCGAACCGGACAGAGGCCGGACCGACAGGCCGUCCCCACGCCCGCCCCCGGCCAACCCCCGGCCCCCUCAGCCGCCCGCUCAUUCCCUAACCGUCCGCAGAGAGGAGCCCAGAGACAAGUCCCGGAAGGUGAGCACCCUCCUCAGCCGGGAUUCCCUCAUCGUCUGAUGGACCUGGAGCCACAGAGACUGCCAGCUCUGAGCGGACUGAAUCCAGCCAGUUUGGAUUUACAAACCAUAUGCAAAAGACAGCUGCCUGUGAGACAUAAUGAGAGCUUAUGUGCCCUCUGCCUGUGACACCACCGAGGGAUGAGGUCAGCGGCCCGUGUCUCCUUUAUCUCCGUCGGACUAACACUUGACUAAUGUGACCUGGACCACCCCCCCCCUCAGCGGGACGCCAUCCGCCUCAUCCCCUUUAGAAAAGGCUCCGGAGCAGACUCGCUUCUCGCUUCGUGUACAAUGAGUGCAUUCAUUUCCCUUCGAUGAGAUAUGUGAAUUAAAAGAAAACACGCACAGUGACUGACAACACCGUUACUGUAAAGGACACACUGUUGUAAACAGUUAACACGCUGUGUCGUUCAGUGACACGUUCAAGGACCGAAGCUCUGAAUUGGCCUAGGCGUUACCUGAAGCUCUGAGAGGGAGCACAAUAUUAGCUCUCUUUCAGUAAUCUCAAACAAUGGGGAAAAGCCUUAUCUGUUUUGGGGCUUUCAGCUAAGUACAUCAGAUUUUUUUAUUUAUACGCUUCUUCUCAAGUAGCUCUGAGCGACUUAAGUACACAAGCGAGUGAGAUAAGGUUCAAAGCCAAGUCUCAAGAAUGAUUUGUUAGAAAAAUCCUUUUGAAUGGUACAACCCCAGCAUAAAACGGAAACCGAACCGAUUGCGGAUGUAUGAGUUUGAGAGCGUGGAUUAAAUACGAUAUCUCACUUACAGUGUGGAUGGACUAACUGUUCCAAAUAAUCUUUGACCAAGUGUGAGCCAAGGUUUGGUCCAGGACUUACAGCGCUGAGGCUUCCAAAGCAGUGAUACUGCUUCAUCCCCAUCCCAUAUUUCAUCCUCCAUUCCUAACAUGCUCAAAACAGAGCUGUCCCCAAAGGGACCGCAAUCCUUUGUGGCAUUGUAUUUCUUAAAAACAUUAAUGUAUGUAUGUACUGUAAUAUUAAUGUACAUUAGAGUAUUGAGUCUUUAAAAAUGUUUUGUGGUGAAGAAUGAAAUUAUUUUAUGUUGUGUGUUUAUGUGUAUUGUGUAAUGUGAUGGCUAACCUUAGAAUGACAGUGUUUGGUCAUGAGUCAUGGUGCGUUUGGGUUACUGUAAAUCAGCCUACAGCUGAGUCAGAGGCUAAUCCCACACAUAUUAUCUGCUGCACACUGAAACACACAGCAGUCAGCCACUUUUUUGCAUCUGUUAUGUUACGCAUGUAAACCGUCAAACCCAGCUCCACAGCCCCCCCGUUUACCACCCCCACCCCCCAUCCCAUCCACAAGGCCUGAUCGUUUUAUUGCUUGGUUGUUGUCACUGGGAUUUCUGCUGUUUGGUACUGACAUCCGCACGUUUGCAAGUGUGUGCGUGUGUGUGUGUUUGUGUGUGUGUGUGUGUUU